CAGCUUUGUACGCAGGGCGACUCGAUGAUGGAACAUCAAACAUUAUUUAUUUGUCCUAUUCUCAUCUUUCAUCUACUUUUCUUUGUACUUUUUCUCCUAAUCAGAGAAACUGAUAUUUGAUUUUGUUAUAACGCUGUGUGGCUUAUACACCAGGAGGAUAAAGGAGGUCAGCUGACUGGAAAGACGAACGAACAUGGAGCGACCAAAGCCGCCAAACUCUCGGACAGGACCCUCCCUAAACUCCUCCAGGAUUAUUUCAUGGCUGUAAAAAACAUUUCUGUUUUUACAUACUGUAUGGAGCAGGGGUCUCGAACACAUCACCUAGGGGCCAUCGGCUAGGGUCUCUGUAGCUGUUUAUUACUGACAGAAAAUCUGUCAGUAAGUCAGAUAUAAUUCAGACUGAGGCACCCAUGGUAAGACGAUACUCUGACCGCCAGGUACAGAGCUUCAUUAACCCUGUGAUUGUUUGUGGGACGUAAUAUUCACAAGGGUGAAUUUUAGCACUUUUUAAAGCAAACAGCAAGAAGCACUAAAUUUCUGAAUGGGAAACUAUUAUUUUUCCUGUUUGUCUAACUCAGUGAACUUGGGCAGCAGGAGAGUGUUAUUUAGUGGCCGUGAAUUAAUUGUGAAACCUGUCCCUGAAAAAUCUGCGAUAACGCUACAAUCGUAACGCUGUGCAGUCUAACGGCCCGUUUUUCAUUCACCCACCCAUUAUUUUUGUAACCGCUUGUCCUAUUCAGGUUCAUGGGGGUCCGGAGCCGGUUCCAAAGGUAGAGGGUGGCAGUCAAGCACUGCGGACAAGAUGCCAGUCUAUCACAGAACACGCACCAUGGGCAACCUAUGCAUUCCAGUUGGAAGUAUCCCAUACAAACUCCACACACUGGGCAGAGCUGGAACCUGAACCGCCAUUCCUGAAGGCGUGAGGCAACAGCACCAUUGGGGGCCACAGUCCUACAGAUAUACAACCCAUUAAUGUUAAGCCAUAUAACACUGAGGCAGCUGUGUGAAUGAAGAACAUUGUAUACCUUUACACAGAACCACUUUCAUUUUCGGUUACUCACAUUAAAUAGUACUGAUUUAAAUGCUGCACUUUUUCACAAUGAAUUCUGAAUAUCAUGCAUGAGAAGCAUCGUUAUAUUCACUUCACUUGGCAGAUGCUUUUAUGAAUAGCAAUAUAGAACAUGUGCCAUUUAUACAGAUUAUUUUAUUGGUAUCGAUCUUUACCUGCAGCCCCACAGUCCAAAAACAUGCUCAGGUGAACUGGAUGCCAAAUUGACCACAUUGGUGUGGAUGGUGUGUGAGUGUGCCCUGCGGAGGGCUGGCAUCCCAUCCUGAGUUGUUCCCUGCCUUGUGCCUGUAGCUUCUGGGAUUAGCUCGACAUCCAGUGACCCUGCAUAGGAGAAGAGGGUAUAGAAGAUGGAUGGAUAGAUAGAUCUUCACUGGUACUUUUCAGUUUUAGCAGCUUGCCUGAGAGAGUAUGAGCAGGUCACUCUACAGGGAUUUGAACCAAAAACACUUGGGUUGCAUUUCCUUGCUGCCUGCUGCAUGAAUAUGGGCUGCCCCCCCAAAAAAAAAAAAAAAAAAAAAACCCAUAAAUGAACCAAAAAGGGACAUCAUUCCGAUCAUCCAUGAGUUGGGAAGUCUGGAAGUGGAUACUGCCUUUUAUGGAAUAGUUCGAUUUGUGCAGGAACGUUACUGGUGUGGUUGGUGUACUGAACCACGCUACAGUAAAAACUACCCCUUUUCCCAUUAAAAACUUGAAAUCACACAGUCAUUUCACAUUCGUUCCCCCAAACCCCGUCAUUUCCCUCACCCACCACAAAGAUCUCUAUGAAAAUGUAAACACAAGACAUUUAUCUUUUUCAAUACUAUAAAAAACAAUCACAAAAUCUAAACCAGCUUUCAGUACAACAGUAAACAUCACUACGAGGCUUGUUUUUCCAACAACUCUGGGGGUUGUACGUGUAAUGGAAUGAAAUACUUCAUGGACUUUCUAAGAAGAGGUGAGCCGUGAAGCAUCCACUGCUCGCAUGCGGCGUCCAGGGGCUGCGUGGUCUUUAUGGUAUAGAUUCAAUUUGUUGUUUGUAGAACUUGCAUUGUUUAAUAGUAAUCAAAGAAGCACUGCCGUGCUCCAUCCGCUGUGUUUUUCUUCAUUCUGUAGUUUUGAAACGUUAUUGUCAUUCCAGCAAACAAACAGCAGGUGAAUCUAGCAUUACUCGUUGCGAAUAUUUAUUUUCAGGUUUGUAACGGAAGAACAAAUCCAGAAACCGAGGCCCUAAAUACAACAUCUCAUCCAAUUCAUCGUGAUCAGAUGCAGCUAAAAAUAUAUUUCCUUAGUUUUAUUGUGCCUGGAAAUGAAUGGCAGGUUUCAUUUAAUUGAUGAUGUCACGCAUCUCCAGUACAACGGCGCCGUGACGUUUGUUUCCAUUUUGUUAACUAAUUUAGUUUAGUCACUGAACUCUGUUAGGAAAGUGUAGUUCUUUUAAAAAGUGCGGUUACUGUGGAACAGCCUUUACCAACUGUGUGAAAUAAUCAAACAAACAAAAAUAGGCCCGACAAACUAUUUCCCUUUUGAAAUUGGUCUCGUGAAACAUGCCCCUCACUACUGAGACUCUUAGUAAGUGCAACGCAGGGUGGGGGUAGAGUUAAAUAAACCCCACCUCCACCGCCACUUUUAUAGUUACAGAAAACCCGCGUACAUGGCAAAAAACGGAACGUAACGUUUCAUUAUAAGGAUACACCCCAAAUAAAUAUUUCGCUUACUAGUGUUUACAGUCAAUGUUAAUUUCUGCUUUUCGUGACCUAAAGUGAUCUGGGGUGUGCUCUUCGUGGUCACUGGUGCAAGCCCCAGUAAAGAGGGAAGCGAGAAUAAACGUGCAAGUCGCAUCUCCGGCUGAGCCGCACUUCUACCUUCCAGCCGGACGGAAAGCGCAGGGGCUCCUCGCUACCGACGGCACCGUCAGGCGAUCGCGCAGCUCAUGGCUGGGUGAAAUCUCAUCGUUUCACAUCACGAAUACGAACAAAACCUAAUACUCCAUCCGGAAGAACAACCUUCUCGCCUAACGCAAUGAUAACGUCUUAGAAACAAAACGCUCCUGAAAGCAACAUGGACUUUAAUCAGAACUGGCAAAAGUAAGGAAAACGUAUAAACGUACACUGAACCAAUGCUUGGCCACUGGUGUGGUAGUUUCAUCAAGUUCAUCUGGUUCUGUGGCAUACAGACAAUAGCAGCGCAAAAACCAUGCGACGCAGUAUCAGAAGUGGGCCCCGUUGUCCAAAUGGGCUCGAGCUUUAAGGUUUACUGCGUCUUUCGGAACAUCGCAAAACACUGCAAACAAUCUAUCCAUCUGAACAAAAUGCAGAUAUAUGACUCAUUUGCGCACAAUUCCACUGCAAUAUUUGUAAAUGUAAAUAAUAUAAUGGAGAACAGGACAUACACUUGCAAGUGUGCAUGCUGUACGGAUCCUUGUGGACUCGAUCUGCAGGUUGGAUAUCGACCUGACGAACCUCAGAACGUGUCAUGUAGCCUGAGCAGAAACGUCGGAAAUGUCACGUGUACAUGGACGACGGGAAGAAAAACGUAUAUUAGAACCAUGUCGAACUUAUGGGUGAAACCGCAAAGCCUGGACAGCAGCGCGCAUCCCGUCUCCUUCCCCGGCUUUGGCUCCGCCACUUUCCCGGUCUUUGGUGUUUGGUCGCGUUACUCCGUGUGGGUCAAUGUGUCAAACAAACUAGGCACCGUCCUCUCUCUCCCGCUUCAUUUCAGCCUCAGUGAUAUCGUGAAGCCCCCACCACCGGACACAGUCUGGCUGAGCUGUGCCUCUCGCCAGUGUGUCCUGUACUGGAGCCACGAAGCAGAUAUACAGCUCCACCAGGUCAAGUACAGGAAGCGCCAUGGAAACUGGACGAUCCAUCCCAUAAUUGACAGUGGGGCUGGGGGCUGGACCAUCUCCGAUCUGCAGCCCUUCACGGCGUACGACGUCCAGAUCAGGAGCAAGUUAAGCUCCAGCCAAGGCCUGUGGAGCGAAUGGAGCGGAGUCAUAACCGACAGGACUGAAGAAGAAGCGCCGAUUCGUUUAGACGUCUGGUAUAUUGAGGAAUCUUUCAGUUCUGGAGAGAAAUCAUUCACUGUGCUUUGGAAGAUUCAUCCUGGGGCACGUUUGCAGGAGCUCAACGAAUCAGAAGCCAGGGGGAGGAUUCUGGGAUACAAGCUGGAGGUCCGAGAUUUCUCAGCGGGGGGGGUCAGAGAAUACAUCACUCCCAGCAACCAGACCAGAGUGAGAGUCACUUGCUCCUCCUGCACCAUCUCCGUCGCUGCCUUCAACUCCAAAGGCCACUCCCCCCCGGCCCUUAUUAACAUUCCUCAGCAUCAAGCUGACCCCCCCCAGAAUGUGGUCUGCCAACCCCUCAGUAAUCACAGCAUUGCCAUCUCCUGGCAGACACCUGCUACUACAGAAACAGUGAAAGGAUAUUUAGUGCAGUGGUUUGCCGCUCAUCGACAUGGACAAGACCUCCAGUGGAAAAGGGUGGGACAGAACGAGCUUAACACCAGCAUAACAGAAACCAUUCAGCCAUUCGAAUGCUACCAGGGUGCCGUGUUUGCCCUGUAUGAGCAGGGCUCUGGGAAGCAGGAUUUUAUAGACGCACAUUCCAGGGAAUCAGCCCCGACACUGGGCCCAACCCCGAUCACCAAGGUAACGGGCAACAGGGUGGUCGUGAGCUGGAGCGGAAUCCCACUCGAGCACCAGCGAGGCUGUCUGAGGGCCUUCAUCAUUUACCUGAAGAGAGAGGGAGGGGAGGAGAGUCGACUCGGUCCAAUAAAGGCCACGCAGAGGAUGUUUAGCAUCAGUGGGCUGAAACCUGGAGAGUACAGCCUCUUUAUGAGCAGCAGGACGGGUGCUGGAGAAGGUCCGAGAGGAGACUCGGCGGUCUUUUUGAUCUCGCAGAAUGACACAGAGGGUUUCAUUAUAAUUCCGGUGAUUUUACUGUGCUUUCCCCUGCUGAUGGUCAUUUACCUGUGUCUCACAACAUCAGCGAAAAGACUUCUGCCCAAGUCCGUGCCUGACCCUGCCAACAGCAAAUGGGCUAAGGAGUGCACAGCCUCUAAGGGUGAAAUGACGCUGGAGUUGCAUCUCAACUGCUCUGCUCUGGACAAAGAACCGCACACCAUGGAGAUCGAGGAGAUUGAAGAAAAGCAGGCCUUGACUGUCGUGGAGGAAGCUGGUGGUUCGUCUGCUCCAGAGGGGAGUACCAGCGAGAUACCCGCGGCAAUAAUGAACUGCGCUGUCAACCAGAUUAAGCCGGUGUGCUCUUACAUCAAAAGUUUUUCCCAUGAAUCGGAUAACUCUGUCCAGACUGAGCUGUCUACAGUCACAGAUAUAACUGUUGACUAUAUCUCCUCAAAUGGACUGUUGGACAUGGACUGUGAGAUGCUGCCAGAUGAUGUGGUGGAGAGCGAUUUCUUCCCAAGCUUUCAGAGCACCUUCUCAGGGCCUCUAGUGUCCUUUGGGGGCAGGUUGACCCUAGACAGUGUCAAGAUGGACUGGAAUGGACUAUUUAACUGAAACCUUCACACAAGUUUGAGCUUAACACACAAGCUGAACUGCAAUUAAUAGGCAUAUUUAUAUGUGAUAAUACAUAACCUGGGUAUUUAGGUCCCUUAUGCUGGAGAAUUCAGAAUACUUGUGUUUUCAUUUGAAGUCACCCUGAAUUUUCACCUCACACUCAUUUCUAAAGCUAAUCAAGCUGCUUAUAGCAUUACCUCCCAACCCCACCCCACAAAAAAACCCUCAGGAACAGGAUCAGUCUGCAUUGCCCGAUUUCACCCAAUGGGAAGUAUGCUAUUGCACUGAUAAUUCUUCUUGCUGUAGCGUUUAUCACCAAACUUUGCAUUUCUGCUGGUGCCACCUGCUGGCCAGAAAGAUACACUACACUAAUUAUCACACACUCCAUAUUCAGGAUACGCAGCAGUAUGAUUUAACUAGGGCCACAUGGUGGCACAGUGGAGGUCCUGGGUCCUUACAGUGUGGAGUUUGUACACUGCCCCUGGUUCCUUCCACUGUCAAAGAGUGUGCAGGGUGGAAUUAUCGGUUCGAUAGCGGCUUAAAUAAGUGGGUCGGAUAUCGGUGGCAUUUCAGGCUUGCUGUGUUAAGUUCCACAGCUGUUUGCGAAAUCUGCAGAGCCAAUGUAUUGCGCGGGAGGCAGCAGCACUGCAAAGUACAACACGACCAACUUCAUGAGGCUUCUCCAGAAGGAUCAUGCCAGGGAGCGCAAGGAGCUGAACAAAACGAAAACAGGGGACCGUUCCAAGCAGUGAACUCUGCAGGCAGCAUUGCAAAGAUGCGAGAAACUCACCGGCCAUAGUGUAGAAACGACAGAAAUAACAGAAAAGGUACUCGAACCCGCUCGCAGUUGUAGGAAAUGAGGGGUUCUGCUGCCUCAUUGAACACUUUAAAUCAGGGUAGUUCUCCAUCACGGAAAUAUCUUCCUGAGACCGCUCUAUCCGAGCUGUACAAAGAGUAUGUGAACUCGUACCAAAAACGCUAAAAGAUGUUCCAGCGAUUAGCUUCCCUACUGAUAUCUGGAGCUCCAACGUUGGUCGUGAGAUGCGAGCCUCAUUUAAUACACAUAUUGCUGUAUACUGUAAUUUUAAUUCCUGAAGAUUGCUGCGUCUAGAAUACAUAACAUUACUUACAUUGGCAUUGAACCUUCUGUUACUUUAUUCUUAUCAGACUGUUAGUAUUACGUUAAUAGUAAAUAAUUCAUCUUGUAUAUAUUUGUGUGUGUGUGUGUACUUUUUACAUUGUCUUCCAAAAUUAGGUAUUUAGGUCAAGUAUUUAAGCCUAAUGUCUCAAAUACAAUCUCCAUCUUCUCUCCAAA